AUGCCGCCCAUGGCUAUGCCCGGCAUGAUGGGCAUGGGAAUGUACGGCUACCCAGAUCCCGCGAAGGUGGAUGCCCUUGAGCGAUCGGUGAAGGAUUUGCAGGACAAGAUGAAGGAGAUGAAAGAUGCGCUGGAUACCGAACGACAGGAGCGGUCCAAGGUGGAUCUCAUGGUGCAGUUCAUGGAGAAGCGACUCCAGGAGGAGGAAGCGCGCUCCAACCGAGCUGAAUCUCGUGCUGCAGCAGCAGAGGCUCAAGUGAGGCAAAUGGAGAAUGUGGUUGAAGGACUUCGAAGAUCUGUGGAAAGGUUGCAACCAGAUGAUUCAAGGCUUCUUGGGAGUCUUCAGAAGAACCUGGAAGAACAGCUUGCCCCUCUUCGACAAGGCCUGAAACAGAAAGCCAGUGAUGAGAGUCUGCACAUCCUUGCAAAGGUUUUGGAACAGAACCGAGACGCUGAGUCCAGCAGUUCAUUGAAGCAGCGGCUGGAGGCGGUGGAAGCGAGACUUGAAAGACUAGGACAUGAACCUCCCAUCAUCUCGAUGACAAGGCCUCCAAUGGACCGUGCCGCCUAUUUCCAGAGUUUGCACGUCCAGCAAACUGGCCGGCGCCUGGCCAAUGGAUGUGAGGAAGAGCCACAGCAGAGCACUGUGUACCUGGCCGAUCCUAAGCCGCUUCUGAGACGCAUUCCAUGA